AUGUCUCUUGAAAACGAAAUUAGUCAAUUAAUUGAAGCAUUUUAUAAUUUUGACAAAGAUCAAGAUGGUUUUAUUACAAUUGAUGAAUUAAAAAGUAUUCUUAUGGAUCAAGGUAUGUGUAUUUCCAAUGAAGAAGCAGAUGAAGCUGUAAAAGAAGCAAACCCAGAUGCUGAUGGGUAUAUUGAUUAUAAAGCAUUUGCUCGUUUCCUUGUUGAAGCUUGUCGUGAAUAA